AUGAAUGAUCUUGAAGACAAAUACGACGAAGCGGUUUGCAAAGAGUUGGCAAAAAGCGGCACUAAAUGGCAUUUCUCGCCCCCGGGUGCUCCUCAUAUGAAUGGUUUAGCAGAAUCAGCUGUUAAAUCCAUCAAAUUACAUUUGAAGCGAACAAUUGCUGAUAACAAACUUACGUUUGAGGAGUUAAGUAGGUUAUUAGCGCAAAUUGAGGCAUGUGUUAAUUCACGACCACUUUGUCGACUUUCAUCCGAUCCAAACGAUCUGAUGGCGCUCACGACAGCUCAUUUUCUCGUUGGCCAAUCUUUAAUUUUGCCUCCAGAAGAAUGUCAUAUUGAAGCCAAAGCGACCUGGCUUAACAGAUGGCAAAAAGUGCAACAAUUGAUGCAAUACUUCUGGAAACGCUGGCAGUUCGAAUAUUUGAACCAAUUACAAACAAGAACGAAGUGGUACAAAAAGAAAAAUGCUCCAGAAUUGGAUGAUCACCCGGGCGAUGACGGAUUGACAAGAGUGGUUUCACUAAAAACCAAUGGUGGAAUCACGAAACGACUACCAUUACGUCAACAGCGCGAGCUUUUGAAAUAUGACAACAUUGAUGCGUGUGAGCAGUGCUGA